CGAAUUGAAUAGUCAGUCCUUAACUUAUUUAUAGAGUAUACACUAUGGCUGGAGAUCCCUUUUUGUCAGACCCAAGUAGGAAACGAAAGCGGACUUCUAAAAUUAGUAGUAGUACCACGAGAAAGUCUACUAAUAAGAAAAGUAGAAGUAAUACUCCAGUAACUAAUAAUCAAUAUGAAAAUGAUGAAGAAAUAUCAGGAGGUAGUGAAACUGAAGAUGAACAAGGGAAUGUAUCAUUAGACUCGGGAGAUGAUUUUGAGAAUAGAGAUGAAGAAGAUUUAUCAUCAGAUGAAGAAUUUGCUGAUGAAAAUGAAGCAGAUAGAAGAAGAAGAUUAGCCAAGCAAUAUUUACAGAAUAUUAAUGAAGAAUUAAAUGGAGAAGAUUCCAAUGAUUUCGAUGCUCAAGAUCUUGAUAAUGAUAUUGUAGCUAGAAGAUUACAAAUUGAUGUGGCAGAAACUAAAGGUUAUGUAUAUAAAUUCAUUGGAGAUAAAAUUUCACCUCAAAUAGAUGCAAAUGUAUCAUUAGUAACAACAAGAAUAGGUUCCAAAAAUUUAACAGGUUUAACGAUAAGAUAUCCAUAUAUAUAUACUGUAUCCAAAGAUUGUGAACUUAUAAAAUGGAAUAUUUCUAAAAAGAGGCCAAUAAGAGUGAAACAUACUAAAGGUGGAUCUAAAUUUUUUAAUAUUAAUACAUCUGUACCAAGUGCUAAUCAUCAUUGGGAUCAAAUAUAUUGUAUUGCUGCAUCUCCGGAUGGUAAAUAUAUAGUUACAGGAGGUAGUGAUUCUCGAUUAAUAAUUUGGUCUUCUGAAAACCUCGCAUGUUUGAAAGUAUUAGAAACAAGAGCUGCGGUUAAUUCUAUUACUUUCAGAAGAAAUUCAGAUCAAUUAUUUGCUGCAUGUGCUGAUUUAAGAAUCAGGACCUAUUCUAUAAAUCAAUUUACUCAACUAGAAAUAUUAUAUGGUCAUCAAGAUAAUAUUACUGAUAUUUCAUCAUUAGCUCGUGAAACUUGUGUAUCUGUUGGAUCAAGAGAUAAAACAGCUAUGUUCUGGAAAAUCGCUGAAGAAUCCAGAUUAACUUUCAGAGGUGGAGAUUCUGAUGAAAAGAAAAGAAAGAAAAAGAAGAAGUUUGUAGAAGAAGAAAUAAUAACAAAAGAUGAUGAAGAAGAAUUACCAUUUCAUAAUGAAGGUUCUAUUGAAGUUGUAUCAAUGGUUGAUGAAUCCCAUUUUGUUACUGGAUCUGAUAAUGGUAACUUAUCAUUAUGGUCUUUGGCUAAGAAAAAGGCAUUAUACACUCAAAGACUUUCUCAUGGAUUACAACCACAAAUCUUAGCAUCAAAGGCUAGUGCAGAGACUUCAGAGCAAGUAGCUUCUCAACAAAUACCAGAACGUCAACCUUAUUGGUUAACAGCCAUUCAUGCCAUACCAUUCAGUGAUGUUUUCAUAACUGGAUCUCAUGAUGGUACCGUUAAGAUCUGGAAAAUAGAUAGUGAAGGUUUAAGAUCAUUCAAAUUAAUAGGUACAGUAACUAAUAUUAAGGGAUACGUAGUAAGAAUAGAUAGUGUUGAAAUCCCUGAUCAAAAGAAAGUGUCGAUCUUUGUGUUAACAAGUAAAGAACAUAAGUUCGGAAGAUGGUUUGAUAAAAUAGAAGGGGCAAGAAAUGCCUUAUAUAGUUUCACAUUCGACAUAUAGAUAGUUAAAAUUUUUGCAUCCAUUGUAUAAUAUACAUUUUAAUAGCAUA